AUGGCCUGGGCCCUGGUGGGGGCUUUCCUCUGCGGAUCCUUGCUGGGCUUCGUGUGCCUGAGCGGGCUAGCUGUGGAGGUGACCGUGCCCACUGAGCCACUGAGCAUGCCCAAGGGCAAGACAGCAGAGCUGAGCUGCAGGUACAGCACGUCCGUGGGGGACAACUUCGCCUUGGAGUGGAGCUUUGUGCAACCUGGGAAACCCAUCUCUGCAUCUCUUCCUAUCCUGUACUUCACCAAUGACCACCUGUAUCCCACUGGCUCUAAAGCAGAUCGGGCCAGCCUUCUCCACAACCCCCCCACAGGAGGAGUGGCUACUCUGAAACUGACUGACCUCCGCCCCUCAGACACUGGAACCUACCUCUGCAACGUUAACAACCCCCCAGAUUUCUACACCAAUGGGUUGGGGUUAAUCAACCUUACCGUGCUUGUGGCCCCCAGUGAGCCCGAAUGCAGCCACAGUGGGCAAACCUUGGUGGGAGGCUCUGUUGCACUGAAAUGCAGCUCCUCCGAGGGAGCACCCAAGCCCGUGUACAACUGGGUCCGGCUCGGAUCUUUUCCUACACCUCCUCCUGGUAGCAUGGUUCAAGAUGAAGUGUCUGGCAAGCUCAUCCUCACCAAUCUCUCUCUGACCUCCUCUGGCACCUACCGUUGUGUGGCCAGCAACCAGAGGGGCAGUGCCUCCUGCGAGCUAGACCUCUCAGUGACUGACUCAUCUGAAGGCCGAGUGGCCGGGACACUGAUUGGGGUGCUCCUGGGUGUGCUGCUGCUGUCAGUUGCUGCAUUCUGCUUGAUCAGGUUCCAGAAAGAGAGGAAGAAGGAGCCCAAGGAGACAUACAGGGGUAGUGACCUUCGGGAGGAUGCCACCGCACCUGGGAUUUCUGAGCAAGCUUCUAGGAGGGCCGAUUUCAGCAAAGGGCUCCUGGAGAAGUCCCCAUCCGCCAGCAUGGUGACGACCAAGUCCAAACUCUCUAUGGUUGUCUGACUUCUGAUCCCUGAGGGUGGUGAGGGGUAAUGUUAAUAAUUAAAGCCGUUGGAUAACAUGUUACCUCCUUUACUGGUGUGGUGAAUUCCUCUCCUCUCCGUGACCCAAAGAGUACUACCAGUAAGGAGAGGAAUGGAUCUGAAAGUUCAGAAAUGAUGCUCAAGCAGGAAGUUCGGCUGGGUCAAAAGGAUAGGUUUCAACCUAGGUGUCUUUGCACACCUUUCGCCCUUCAAUUCCGUUCGUUUCGACUCCUAUUAGAGACUUGAUGCAAACCCUUCCCCCCUCACUUCCCAUUCCCUCCCGA